AAAACCAUACCACAAGUUACAAGAAAAUCACUUUAAAGUAGUUCGUUUAACAAGCUGAUCAAAUUAUUGAUCACUUCCAUUUUAAUAACUCAACUUUGAAACUUCAAAUAUUAUAAAAAUGAAAACAUUUUGUAUAAUAAUAUUGUUUGCCUCGGUAAAUGUUCUGUUAGCUGUAUUAGAUUAUACAACUAAGCAAAUUAUACUAACAAACAAAUACAUCGAUCUUGCAGAAGAUAGAUUGCCGUCAAUAAUUUUCCGAAUUGUUAAUGGAAAUUAUUCGAUGGAAAAAAUAGCUGUUAUGUUGGCAGUACCGGAAGCUGUAAACGACGAUCCAAAACCAAAUCGAAUUUUACGGUUACAGGGUAAUAUGCGGACGGAAAUAAGAAAGGCAUUAGGUUGCCCGCAUUCGAGUCUAAUUGACAUCAACGAAACCGAUUUUCAAGGCGUUACAAUCCGGGAUUUAGGACGUGCAAGAAGACGAAAGACAAGAGAAGCAAUAAUUACUUUAAUUCGGGAAUUAAUAAGAGAUAACUCCUCCAGAUUUCCAGAUUUCGAAAACCUUCCCAUAAUGUGUCCUUUAAUUGGAUUGUUCAGAAGUGUAUCAUACCCGGAUUCAUAUACAAAAAGUUGUAUUUACCACGAGGGAACUUGUAAUUUGUUAUCUAUACACAACGAUAUUAGCAUGUACAGAUCCUUUAAUGGUGUAUUUUGGGAAAUCAACAUAAACAAUGAACUACUUCGGCCACUUGCCGAUCAGUUACUAGAUAAUUUGGACCAGUGAUUUCAAGGAUAACAUGUUUUACAGUAAUAUUAUUAUUACAUUUCAAUAAUUUUUGCAUACCGCACCAAUAUCUAAAUUGUUAAUAAACUCAAUGUGUUUUAUAAUAAACAUUUUUAAUCGCUGUUA